AUGGAAUCGGGUACAGUUAAGAAGACCGGCUGGGGACCAUCAGAAAUACAGGAGCAGAAGAUCGUUGACAUUGCGACGACCCAUCUGGAACAUCUCUGCCGACUUGACAUUCGUGAGCCACCGCAUGUCGUUCGCAAGACGGGAAUCAUCUGCACUAUUGGUAAAGAUUUCAUUUCACAUUGUCUACAGUAG